AUGGCCGAAAGCCGCGGACGGAAUCUCUACGGAUGCAGGCUGGGGCCCUAUACGUGGCACAUAAAGGGAAGGCUAGAAGCUGUGACCCAUUGCACAGGCGAGAAUGCAUCGCUGGAUUGGGGCCUGAGUCGGCCGUAUUGUGAUGCAGCAGCAGCAGCAGCUGCUGCUGCUGCUGCUGCUUUUCUUGCCCUGACCUGCCUUGCCUUGCCCUGUUUUGCCCUGUACGUCUUCUCAGCGCCCGGAAUGCUCUGUUCGUUUAUAAUUACUCGCGCUUACGACAAAUUGCACACCUUUAUUUGCAGGGACUAUAUAAAGGUGGAGGUUUAUAUCGGCGAGGCAGGCCGUGUUCGGAUCUCGAGCAUCACACAAGGGCACGCAAGCAUGUGGGAUUCCUUAAUCGUGAGCAUCAACGAGACGCACAAACUGGGCCUGCAGGACUGCCUGGCCGUUUUUGGCCACGUCCCGAUCACCAAGGCCGUCAAGCACGUGAAACUGAUGGAUAUCGACACGCAGACGUCCACGUUCACGCUGAGGUUUCUUCACACUGAGACCGGCCAGCACAUCGAGAAGAUCGUGUACUUCAUCGACAACGACUCGGGCAACGACACCCGCACCGCUGCCGGGAUCAAGCAGAUUUUCGACAGAAUGUUCCGCAUCGCUGCAGAGAAGAGACACCUUUCCCCAGUCCAGGUGGCCACCGUCGAGUACCCCUGCACCCUGGUCGACUGGCUGAUCCUCGUGGGCGUCACGCUACCAGCGCUGUGCUACCUGCAUCGCCCGGCACUACACUGCAUCUUCAGCCUGGUCCCGAACCCGGUGGGCGCUACCUUGGAGACGUGGCUGGACAGCGACCGCGUGCUGCUGCUGAUCAUCCUUGCUGAGUUCGUAACCCAUGCCCUGGAGACGGUCUUCUUCAUCGUUCCCAGACUCAAGUACUACCGUGUGCCCGGUGAGUUCGUACCCGAGUGGCUCCUUCUGGGCCUUCUGGAGGGCUACGGCCCCGCCAGGCGCCUCGACGCACAGGCUCGCGCUCUUGGCGAAGGGUCUGUUGCCUAG